AGAUAUAUUAUCAAGAAUGCUGGCAUUGUGGUAUUGAUAGUGACUAUUCUUAGCAAGAACUCUAAAACUAUUGGAUUGCGUUUGAGAAGCAAAGUUCUAAUGACUUUACUUAGCAUAGCCAAUGACGAAGAAAGCAGGGUCAGUUUUAUUUAUCAAAUGCUUAAAGCACUGGAGUGUAUGGAUUGGUUAUAAAUCAAUAUAAACUAAUAAUUUGAUCCUCACAAGAUUAAACUGCUAACAAUUUAUAUUAUAUUUUUCAUGCAGCAUCUAAAUUAUCACUACAGUGACAACUUGGGCUUUGAAGUGCCUAGAUAUUUAUCUUUUUUUACUAACUGGUAGAUGCUUAAAAUUAAAUAUGUCAAAUUGGAAUGUGGAUGAAUUUUGGAGCAGGUUCUGAUGGCGUUAAGAUAGAGAUGGCCUCUUUGGUGGGAAGGAUGACAUUGACAAAAAGCUGUAAAGAACAAAUAAGGGCCUUUGAAGAGGAAGAUGCCUUUUUCAAGAAGAAUCUUGAUCUGAUUGAUGUCAAUGCUAGUCCAUUCUUUCAUAGUUUCACAUUAAAUGAAUGGUUGAUCCAACGGUUAGAAACAAUCAGUGCUGUUGUUCUAUCUGCUGCAGCACUUUACAUGGUUGUGCUUCCACCUGAGACUUUCCUCGCCAGAUUUAUUGGCAUAGCACUCUCUUAUGGCCUUUCACUGAACAAUUCCCUAGUAUUUUCAAUUCAAUUUCAAUGCACUCUAGAAAAUUAUAUAGUAUCUAUAGAGAGGAUAAAUCAAUAUAUGUAUAUACCAAGUGAGGCCCCAAAAGUUAUAGAAGAAAAUCGCCCUUCGGUUAAUUGGCCAGUUGCAGGCAAAGUAGAAAUUAGUAACUUGUAG